AAGAUGCGCCUUUCCUUUCUGUGGAGCCGGUCUUUUAUGGAUUAUAAUCUGGCCAAUCAAAUACCACCCGGUAACAAACAACUGAGGAUCAACAGGAGCCUUUAAGUUUUAGACACACAAUUUUUAGGAAACAUGGUGGGACUUAAACCUUCAGAUGUUCCCCCUCCGCUUGGGGUGAAGAUGGCAAGUGCUGGGGCAGCAGCCUGUAUAGCUGACAUCGUCACCUUUCCUCUGGACACAGCUAAAGUCAGACUACAGAUUCAGGGAGAGAAGACGGCAGUGGGAGGCAUCCGCUACAGAGGCGUGUUUGGGACGAUCACCACCAUGAUCAGAACAGAAGGGCCCAGGUCUCUGUACAACGGGCUGGUAGCCGGGCUGCAGAGACAAUUGUGCUUUGCCUCCAUCAGAAUCGGCCUCUAUGACAAUGUCAAAAGCUUCUACACUGGUGGCAAAGACAAUGCUAAUGUGUUCAUUCGUAUCCUGGCUGGCUGUACUACGGGUGCCAUGGCAGUGUCCUUUGCACAGCCCACAGAUGUGGUCAAGGUUCGAUUCCAAGCCCAGAUGAACCUGGACGGUGUGGCCCGUCGCUACACCGGCACCAUGCAGGCCUACAGACACAUCUUCCAGAACGAGGGCCUUCGUGGACUCUGGAAAGGGACGCUACCCAACAUCACAAGAAACGCCUUGGUCAACUGCACAGAGCUGGUUACGUAUGAUCUGAUCAAGGAGGCCAUCCUUAGACACAACCUGUUGUCAGACAAUCUGCCUUGCCACUUUGUAUCUGCGUUUGGUGCCGGCUUUGUUACCACGGUGAUUGCUUCCCCAGUAGAUGUGGUGAAAACUAGAUACAUGAACUCACCUCCAGGCCAGUACAAGAGCGCUAUCAACUGCGCCUGGACCAUGAUGACCAAAGAGGGGCCAACAGCUUUCUACAAAGGAUUCGUGCCCUCGUUCCUGAGGUUGGGAUCGUGGAACGUUGUGAUGUUUGUCUCAUUCGAACAAAUCAAGAGAGCCAUGAUGGUCACAAAGAAGAAGAUCGAGGCCCCAAACUGAGAUUUAGACUGAGAAACUUGAACCACCACCGCUGGGUUGGAACAUGAAGAAAACCUAAUGAAUAUCAUAUCAAGCUUUAGUGUUAUUCUUUUUUUGUCUUGUGGUGACAAAGAGGAAAAUCCUUUGUUGAAAAAGGAAUAUUGGACAUCUUGUUUGUUGACUUUAUAUUGAACUGAUGUAUGAAAAAAAUGCAGUUGUACCUUUAUAUUUAUAAUUUUUCAUAAUGAACCCAUUUCAAAUUUAAUGGGAAUGAAUGGUGCGAACAGGAAGUUGUGAUGAACUCCUUUGGGAAGUUGAGUUUGCACUUUAAGACCUAUAAAUCUAAAUCUGCCAGUUAUACAUUUAAGGCAGCUUAAACCAUUGCACCUUUAUACUGGAAAUAAUACCGUAAUAAAAUGUAAAACAGGUUUAUGUAAACCUGAAAUAUA